AAGUCUUUUACAGUUAAAUUCUGUUCAUUGUUCCUUGACCAAAAUAUUUUUACAAGACCAGUGUUUAUACCAAUACCUGUAGCCUGCCUAAAACUGUCUGAAUUACUUCCAGACAUCCCUUUUGUGUUCAACACGGGGAAGAACUUUGCCCUCAGGGAAAAAUUCAGCUCUCAAACUAGAAUAAGAAACCUUUAUUCUUUUGCUACACUUGUGUUUAUCACCCCUGCUCUCUGUGGGAAUUUCUCCAAAGAAUGUGUGAUUAUGACUACGGAGCAAAGUCACUUUUAAUCUCAUUACUUCUUUUUAGCCAGAUUCAGUAAACCGGCCAAGCUUGGUCCAGCUCCCGAUGGACAGGCAUGUUGGAAGAUCCCAUGGCCGGAAGUUAUGGUGUGAUGGCUGACGACGGUUCUAUUGAUUACACAGUCCAUGAAGCCUGGAACGAAGCCACCAAUGUUUACUUGAUAGUUAUCCUUGUUAGCUUUGGUCUCUUCAUGUAUGCCAAGAGGAAUAAAAGGAAAAUUAUGAGAAUAUUUAGUGUGCCUCCCACAGAAGGGAUGUUGUCAGAGCCAAGCUUUUAUGACACAGUGAGCAGAAUUCGCUUAAGACAACAAGUGGAGGCGCAUCCCGUUUCAAGGAAGUAUGAGUAUCAACAGCCACAAAGCCAGGCCGACAGUGUGCAGCUCUCAUUGGAAUAAAACUUCAGACUGAGCAACAGAAGUGAAUGUGANGAAGUACGAGAAACACGUUCCUCGNCCCUCUAUAAGCUCAGCCNAGUUGUGCCCCUCCCCCAAGCCUGCUUGUGUUGCUUCUUCUGGGACUUCCUGCAUAAGUGCAAAAAUGCUUAGAAAGAAAAUGCUUAGUGACUGGAGAUGGG